AUGGAUGACGUUACGUUCCGUCUAGAAGAUUGGACAAUUGGGAGGGAGGGAUGGAUAGGCAAGCAGAGGAAGCUGUUACGAACAAUCCCGGGACCGGGAGGCUGCUGGAGCCUGGAGGAGGCAAAUUUUCAGCAGCCAAGCAAAGCAACCACCACUGACCCCUAUAUCAACCUCGCAUGGCCUCAUCUGGCAUCAGUCCAACUAUUCCAGUCCCCAAUUGUCACCCACUGGCCACUGCCUUCUCAAGCUCGUCCGACGUUGAUACCAUUGGCGGUCGCCAUGGCCGUGGCGCCGGACCAGCAGCAGCCACCUGCAGGGGCAGGGGCCUCCUCGACUGGCUCGACAUCUCCUCGCCUCCGCGUACACGUACACGACACCACCCUCGUGCCUCCGUCUCCGUCACCGCCGGAGACCUCGCUCCCGCUCACCUUCUUCGACGUCUUCUGGCUGCAGUCCCUGCCCGUCGAGCGCCUCUUUCUCUACCACCUCGGCCCCGACGCUGACGUCGCCGCCAUCAUCUCCAACCUCCGGGACUCCUUGCACCAAGCCCUCCGCUCCUUCUACCCUCUCGCCGGCCGCGUCCGCCUCACCCCCGGCUCGUCCGACCGCUACGAGCUGCACUACCGCCCGGGAGACGCCGUCACCUUCACCGUCGCCGAGUGCGACGACGAAGACGCGGACGCGCACUUCGACGCCCUCGCCACCGACAAGCCCCGGGAGGUUGCCAAGAUCGCCGAGCUCGUGCCGCCGCUGCCGGGAGGCGGCAGGUUGAUCGCCGUCCAGGUCACGCUCCUUCCGGCGCGCCGAGGCCUCGCCAUCGGCGUCACCGUGCACCACGCCGCCUGCGACGGCUCGGGCUCCACGCACUUCCUGCACACCUGGGCGGCCGCCUGCAGAGGCGGCGGCGCCGAAGCGCCGCUGCCGCCGCCUGUCAUCGACCGGACUCUCCUCGCCGACCCAAGGUGCCUGUACGACGUCUUUGUCCAGACGGCGCCGAGCAGUGAAGAGUAUCAGUUCGUCAAGAUGUCCGCCGACCAGCUCUUCGCCACGUUCACGCUGUCCAAGGACGACCUGAAGCGCGUCAAGGAUGCCGUGGCCGACGAGGCUGCGCGGCGCGGCGUCGCGUCGCCCCGGUGCUCCUCUCUCGUUGCCACCUUCGGCCUCGUCUGGUCGUGCUACCAGCGAGCCAAGGAGAGCAGCGGCGGCGGCGGCGCAGGAGAGGGCCUGAUGGCCUACAUGGCCUUCCCCGUCGACCACCGCUCGCGGAUGAAUCCUCCCCUGCCUGACAAGUACCUGGGCAACUGCGUCGGCCCAGCGUUCCCGCUGGCACCAAAGGACGAGCUGGCCGCGGCCGGCGCAGGCGGGCUCUUGAGCGCGUGCGCCGCCGUCGCCUCCUCCAUCGACGAAGCUGUGCGCGACAUCGGGACGUCAAGCAUGGAUGCGUGGAUGGACCGCCUCAGGGAGCUAGUCCCGAUGGGUUUACUGACCGUGGCCGGAUCGCCGAGGUUCCGCGUCUACGACCUGGACUUCGGAUUCGGCCGGCCGGCGAAGGUGGACGUCGUGUCCGUGGCCAGGACGGGCGCAGUGGCGGUGGCGGAGAGCCGGGAUGGCGACGGCGGGAUAGAGGUGGGUGUCUCUCUGCAGCCGGCUGCCAUGGAGAGGUACACGAAGUGCUUCGCGGAUGCUAUCGCGUGGCUCCACCAGAGGACAUGA